CCAAGUUCUUGAAAUGUAACACUUAAAAAAAUAUGUUGAUAGGCGAAUACUCUAUAAGUCAAAUAAAAAUAUUUGCCAUGUUUUGUCACUUAAUUCUUCUUUAAAUAAUAAAUUUACUACUAUUCUACAAUGACUUUGUAUAUUGAUACAAAACUUAGUUUUAAUGAUGGUAAUGUCGUAUCUACAGUGGGAACAUGGCACCCUUCUCUGCCUCUUUUGGCUAUAGGGUCAUACAAUCAAGAGAAAGGAGGCUUUGUUACUAUAUUUCAAGAAAAUGGUUUGCCAUUGGAAGGAUGUGACUGGCCAAUAUUGUUGUCCAACCAAGUAACUGCCCUUGCCUGGCACCCAAUAAGACGACUCUUAGUUGUUGGCUGGGAUGGUGGAGAGCUCUAUAUCUGGUUAGAGUACUCAUGGGCACGCUUGGAGGCGCCCCAUAAUGCUGCUUUGACAUCUGUAGCCUUCAGUUUAGGAGGAGGUAGACUCUUGGCUUCAGAUGCUGCGGGUUCCUUAUCAGGUUGGCAGUCAGGUGCGGGUGCACCACUUACUUCUUUUCACCACCAACUUGGAGAUGUCAUAACCCAUAUUACUUUCUGUACACCACGGCCAAGUUCUGAAACAUCUAUUAGAGGAUUAGCUCGUGCUGCAGUAGCUGGAGAUGAGAAUGCUUUGGAUGCACUGGCUGCAUGGAGACCUAGAACAACUGCCCGAAUGAGGGAAGGUGCCCAACCAGACAACCAUUCAUGUUAUGCUGCUCAAGAUAAUGGAGUAAUCUUAUUCAUAGAUCAUAAUGGAGCUUGCUCUGAGGUGCUAAAUGCCCCUGGAAACAUUAUAUUUAUGGGAAUUAUCAGCAAUAUCUACCUUCUUGUAGCUUGGGAAUCUGGUGGAGCUCUUAGUCUAACCAGAUUUGUUAUGUCUGAUGAUGGUUCCCUGAUGACUGAUACUCAUGUAAGAAUGGCAGCAAGAAAUGGUCAAUGUAUAGUUCUAGCAGGCAACUUCUAUGUGGCAGUUAUUACUGGGGACAAUUUGAUCAGAGUUUGGGAUAGUGAUACUGGGGACAAUGAUGUCUUGCCAAAUGAGAAGGAGGAGAUUGUUGCAGGAGAUAUCUUCACAAGCAUCAGUUACAGCAAUUUGAGUGAUACUCUUUGCUGUGGGACUUCACAGGGCAACCUGUAUCUAUGGAGAAGAGACCAUAGGAAUAAUUGGAAACUUAUUAGUAGUACUUCUGUAAAAGGUACUGUUAAAGAAGUUAGCUGGGGUUCAGAAGGAUUAAUGAAUCCAUUGUUGCAUGUAAACUGCAUUACAAGCGCAUUUGUUCUUCGAGAACAACCAGUCUGUUGGGGAUAUUCUCCAAACAUAUAUAUGGUGCAGAAAUCUGCUAAUGAAGUUGCUCUUACUAGUAAAAGCAAUGUGACAUCAAUGAUCAAUACCUCAAUAACUAUAAGAGCAUUUGCUUUUAAAGACCAAUAUAUUGCUCUAGGGGAUGGUAAAGAAGUCCAGAUUUGGAUGUGCAGUAAGGACAAUGACAUAAAAUUCUCACUCAUCAGAAGUUUCUUGUGGAAGACCGAUGUUUUAAUCAUUUAUAAUGAUGUCUUGGUUGGAGUUGUUAAUCCACACAUAGAAUGCUACUCUAUAGCAGGAACCAGUCUGGGAAUACUACCCAGUACUGAAGGCGAAGGUGAACCAAUCGGCGUCACAAACACGAGCAAGUUUAUUGUCAUUGCCACUAUGGAUGGUACACUCAAACUGGCUGAGAUCACAAAGAAAGGUCUUAGAAUGCCUUACCCUCCUAAAAAUUGCUACCAAAUGAUUGAAGAUUUUGGUGAAGUCAUGAGAGCGUCAGUUAAUUGCACUGGGCGUUAUAUAUCGCUCAGUAUCGCUAAUGCUGGCUUAGCACCAGAUCCCAGACUAUACCUGUGGGAUGUAGCAAAUGAUGUCAUUACAAAUACACUUAUAGCUGAAAACUCCACUCCUCCAUAUCAAAGUGUCCCUAUAGCAAUAUUAUGGGACAGUAAUGACCCAAGAGUUGUUGCCGUGCAUAUGAGAUCAGCUGAACUCGAUCGCAUACAUCUAUUUUUAUGUCACGAAGGCAGUCUUUACGAAUAUAGAAAUUGGUGUUCAAGCUCUGAAGAUUACUAUAUGAGUGACUUCAUGUUAUGCUCUUUAUACUCACCGUAUGUCGUCAUUUUAUCACAGCAAAAUAUUAAAAAAAUAUUGAUCAAUGAGUUCGCAGACAUAGGUGAAAAUGACCCUGCAAAUAUUCGACAAGUAUUGGACUUUCUGUACUAUAUGACUACUGGAUAUUUGGAAAAGGCGGUUGUUAUAGGAACGACUCUGACAGGUGGCAAAAAUUCUAUUAUUUGGGAUAGCUUGGCAAAGGUUUGCGUUGCACGCAAGCGUCCCGAUGUCGGUGCUGUAUGCUUAGGCAAAAUGGGGAACAUCAAAGGCGCUUUGAUGAUGCGCAAAGUGAUGAGCGACGAUAACAUGGACGACACUUGUAAAGUUGCAGUAUUAGCUGUCAAUCUAGGUAUGAUCGAAGAAGCUGAAAACCUGUUCAAAGAAGCACAAAGACCGGAUUUGAUCACACGGUUGAUAUCAGCAAAGGAAGGUGGUCUUAACGAAAUAACCAAUGGAACUCACGAGGGCGAAAAUAUUCUCCUGAUAAAGAGUGCGCAACACAAGUUAGCUAAAGUGAUGUGGUCAAAUGGGGAAACUGGUGCUGCUUUAAAAUUAUUUGAAAGUGCUGGGACACUGGUACCUCAUGUCCCUAGGAUGCUUGUAGCACAAGGACAAUCUGCAAUACUGGCACAGUAUGUGACCAAUUCGAAUGAUGCCAGCCUAAUAACGUGGUGGGGGCAUUAUUUAGAAAGCAUUGGUGAUCUAGAUGGUGCUUUAGAAGCUUACGCCAGGGCCAAUGAUUUUGGAGAGCAGACCAGACUUUUGUGUCAUCAAGACAGAGUAGAAGAAGCUGAAAAGCUUUGUCAGAAGAACAGAUCUUCGCUCUACCAAAUGGCACGAUAUUUAGAAAUGCAGUCGGAUAAAACUGAAAGUGCAGUGAAGAUGUAUAUAAAAUGCGGAGCAAUUUCGUCAGCAAUUCGAGUAGCUGCUGAGGCGAGUGCGUGGAACCUUGUUUGGCGCGCAGGGUCCACCUCACCCACUCACGCUCUGCAUGCUGCUUCCAUACUCGAAAACGCUGGACAGACAGAGCAAGCCAUAGCCCUGUAUCAGAAAGCAGGUAAAGUGCACAUGGCAUUGAAGUUGGCGGUGCACAGCGGCGACACGAACGCAAUCAUCGCAGCAGUAGAUGCUCUUGGCGACAAAGUGGAUCCAGAACUAGCUAAUACAUUGGCUGCUCACUUGAGGCAAGCGAAUCAGCACUCACACGCUGCUGCAUUACUAGCAACUGCUGGAAAGUAUGAAGAAGCUUUAGAUAUAGUAGAGCAGAUACCGACUCCACUAACUGAAGAGCUCAGUGAGAGAUUAGCAGCGCCUGCCGGUACCACAGGUAGAGAUGCACUUCUUAGAAGACUGGCUGAUGUUUUGGGAGCCCGCGGUCUUUACCACCAAGCUGCCAAACGAUUGGCACAUGCUGGAGAUAAGGCGGGUGCAAUGCGAUGGCUUAUGCGUUCAGGCGAUGCGGAUCGCAUAGCAACCUUCGCGGCGGCUACUCGCGACCGCAACGCUCAGUUAAUGGCAGCCGACUACUUGCGUCGCCGCGCUGACUGGAGAACUCGACCUGACCUCAUGAGGCACAUACUACAUUUCUACACCAGAGCUAAGGCGUAUGGGAAACUAGCGGCUUUCUACGCUGAGUGCGCUAAAGUCGAAGUUGAUGAGUAUGAAAACUUCGAUAAGGCUUUAGACGCGCUCAAGGAAGCUAUCAAGUGUUUAGCGAAAACUUCUGAUACCGAUACAGGGGCCCAAACAACAGCGCUACAAGAGCAAAGUGCAAUCGUCAAACGGUUCAUAGAUGUAAAAAAAAUGUUGGAAACAGGAGAAAUUAAUCCAGGAGUUGUCGCUGGUCAACAGCUUCUGCGCGCCGUAACUGGUCGUCCGGGAUUGAUAUCGGAAGAGAAAGUUCUGCGAUUACUGUUACAAUAUGCACCUAACCACGCCGAUGCUCCUCGAUUUGAAAACCAGCUUAAAUCUCUUCAGCAACAACCAGAAGAACAUAGUUUGAGUCCCGACUCGACAGAUCACAGUAUUGAAGAAGUUAUAUAAGAUUAUUUAAGUGAUUUCAAGAAUCCGUCCAUUCCAUUCCA